GUCCACUAGUACACCAUACCAGUGAUCCCGUGAUCCCGUCCCCAGCUUACCUAACUGGCGCUACCCCAGCGUCCCGUGACCGCGGCAAGCCCUAACCUUGGGACAAACUUUUCCGACGAUGUCCAAUCAAAGCUACCAGCCGCCGAAUAAGGCUGAUGACAUGCCUGCACCCAACCGCUGUUCACUCCAAGCCAUCAGUUCCACGGUUCCCUAUGUCUCGUUGGCGGUAGGAGACGAUCAGCCUGCCGCGCCACUCCACCAGCCGAUAUCAGCUACCCCAGCGACUCCAGCAACGUUAAUUUUGCCGGCGGAAUCACUUCGGAUACAUACCCCGGACUGUGGAGUUCCAGAUCGCAAGAACGGCCAGCUCAGCCAAGAACCUUGCAGCUCUGGCAUUGACAUAAGCUCAAACUCAUCUUUGUCUGCCUCUGCGCGAUAUACCGCGACACACCUUCAGUCGGUAGUACGCACACGCAGGCAAACCGAGGGCAGUUUCGAAUUCCAAGUAUUAUCUGGUUCGGAGUGGGAAGCUGUUGAUAUUGCCAAAGUAAGAAAGGCUAAAGAAGAACAGGCCGCAGCAAAGAAGGCCGAAGCUCAAAAGCGCAAGGAGAAAAGGGGGAAAGCCCUUCAGUUGAAGUCCGAACGUGAAGAGCGCAGCAUGUCCCGAAACAGACCAAGAGGCCCUCCCACCAGGGACAACGGCGCGGCUGCCAAUGAGGAAAUCGAAAUGUGGAAUCGAAUCCGUCAAGACAUACACAAGGCCGCGGAGAAAAACGAGAAACAAAGGAUCCCAGGGUUCCAACUCGCCGCGCUCAGGGAUAAAAUCGCAAAAGCUGGCCGAAAGGCAACACCAGCGGAGCUUGAGCAGAUGGAAAACUACGAGCGUAUAAUCAACAAGCACAGUGAAGAGGAACGCGCUAUCUUACGUGAUGAGCCAGCAGACGUCAUUAAAAACCUCGAGAUACUAAUCGCUCUACGCUCAGCGUCCGAAGCUGACCCCCAGACGCGGGCCGGUUCCUCUGGCAAGCCACGGAAACGGAAGACAGAAGCUGAAACCCCAGCUUCCGAUUCUCCCACUACGGGGAUAGCCGAUAAAUUAAAUCGGCUCAAAAACAGUACCCAUAGAAGCGCAAGCGUGUCAAGCAGCCAAGCCCGUGAAGCAGUUUCUGUCAAGAGUGAGGAUGGAGGUGAAGGCACGAAAGGUACCGCGGCAGAGAAAAGUGGGCAUCUGUUUGUUGGAGCAGAAGUUGUUUUCAAACACAAUAAGAAACAACAGGGGGUGGAGGGAGAAGGUAUACAGUGCAUCAUCAAGAGCAUAGCGGGGGAGGGUCAUAAGAAGCGUUACGAUGUCCAAGAUCCCGAGCCCAGUGAAAAUGGCGAGGAGGGCGCAGUCUACAAAACCACUGCAGCUUCAUUAAUUCCCAUUCCCCAAGUCGGCGCUUCCCUGCCAUUAUUUUCUGUUGGAAAACAAGUCCUCGCUAGAUAUCCCGAUACCACUACGUUUUACCGUGCGGAGGUUAUGGGUUCCAAGAAGGACGUGUAUCGGUUGAAGUUUGAGGGGGAGGAAGAUGACAAGGAGAUGGAUGUCGACCGCCGUUUUGUGCUCGACAUCCCGGGGAAAUAAUUGGGUUGGUCUUAUUACUCCGAUACGAAAACGGCCGCUCGGUAAUUGGUACUCUAUCUGAUAUGUAUAUUUGUAGUACGUGGACGCGUACGUACGGUUUACCUUGGGCGGUGGCGGUUAUUUGGUUCUUUCUUACAUUUCCAACUUUUUAUCGUCUACAGGGUUUUUGGAUUUUGCUCUGCUACGAUCUCAUUUUGAGCUUGGUGUUCUGGACAGGUGUUGGAUACUGGGAUUGGACCAGCAUUUUGUUGUGGCCCUUGGAUAUUAUUAAUAUUGGGAUAUUUAAUUAGCGGUUUUAGCAACUACAUGAUAGGAAUGGAUGUGUCGAAAAGUAGUAAUAGUUAAUAAUAUCGAAACUGCACAAUUCCACUCUCAGCAAGCUAUAUUACGAUUGGCUUGAUUAUCGCCUAGAAAUUGUUUUGGCAGCAAUCACAGUGUUGUUUAUCCCAUAAUGUCAGAUCGUG